AUGCGUCAGCGAAGCCGCUCGAGAAUUGCACUUUCUAACGAUCUUGACUUGAGAGGUAAUGAGGGCGCCGUCGACCUUGUUUUCGAGUUGGUCCGUGAAUUCUUUGCAAAGUCCCAGAUAUCUAUCACCGAGAUUCAGUUCUGGGGUCGUGUCAUCGUGAUCGUGCUAGAGAAUGAAUCCAACAAAGAAAAGGAUUUGGCUGCAGUUCCACGUUCAAUAGGCCAGUGUAACUGUUUUUACCUUUUUGAGUCCGAUAUGGCUCGACCAAAGUCGUUUUCUACGGCACCACUGCGGCAAUGCUUCGCCAGUCAGAUUGACGACUCAGAAUAUGAGACAAUCCGGCCUGGUGUGGUAGUCAGCUCGGGUACGCACCCCCAGGAGGGGUGGGAGAUUUUGACAUCAUCUGGUAUCUUGAUCAGUGAUCAUCUUGGGUCCCAGUACAUGACAGUCGCAGCACAUGGCUUUCCCGGCCCAUUCGAAGGGAAAGUCUUCCACCCCCAAUCUUCCGGCAGAGCGAUUGGUGAGGUCAUUGUCCAAAUUUCUCAUACAGAUGUGGCUUUGGUGCAGUUGGGCCAAGGCGUGCAUUUUAUCAACGAACCUUUUGAAAAUACUAUAAUUCCCGCGCCUCCCUCCAGACUGGAAGGCUUUCUUCGUGCGGCGGCAACAAGAAUUGGUGGCAACAUCUUCAUGGAUAGUCCAUUUUCGGGCUUCAUGGAAGGGACCCGGGGGGCCCACUCUCUGCUCCGAAUCCCAAGCGAUGACCCGCUUGAGCCAAAGCAAAGCUGGAUAAGAUGCCAGUGGGACUAUAUGGGCCAGGGAUCUUACGCAGCUAUGGUUGAUGGCGUUCACGGCUCGGCAAUCUGGGAUGACAAUCAAAAUGUGCUAGGGUUCUUCCGAUAUGCUCCCCAGUCGGGACCUUUUCUUGACUGGUGCAUGAGUAUCUCUGCGGACCAUCUACUCGACAAAGGAUAUACUAUGGUCUAA